CCUCUUUCCCUUUUUUUUUUUCUUUCCUUUAUAACAACAACAAAAUAAGAAGAAGACUUUCAACAUGGGUAUGCGACUCGACAUCAAGCGUAAACUUUUGUCUCGUUCGGAUCGUGUGAAAUGUGUUGACAUUCAUCCAACUGAACCUUGGGUACUUGCUAGUUUAUAUAGUGGUCACGUAUAUAUCUACAACUACGAAACACAGGUUUUAGUCAAGACAUUCGAAGUAUCAGAAACACCAGUUCGUGCUGCCAAGUUUAUUGCUCGUAAGAAUUGGAUUGUUACUGGUUCGGACGAUUCCCAAAUUCGUGUUUUCAAUUAUAAUACUCAUGAAAAGGUGGCUAGCUUUGAAGGACAUCCUGAUUAUAUUCGCUGCUUGGCCGUUCACCCGUCUCAACCUCUUGUGAUCUCUGGCUCGGAUGAUAUGACAAUUCGUUUGUGGGAUUGGGAAAAAGGAUGGAAAUGUGUACAAGUCUUUGAAGGUCAUCUUCAUUUUGUUAUGCACUUGACUUUCAACCCCAAAGACUCAAAUACCUUUGCCUCUGCUGGUUUGGAUGGUAUGGUCAAGGUAUGGUCUCUAGGCUCCAAUGUUCCUAAUUUUACUUUGGAAGGUCAUGAAAAAGGUGUCAACUUUGUGGAUUACUAUCAUGGUGGUGAUAAACCUUAUUUGAUUUCUUGUGCUGAUGACAAUUUGAUCAAGAUUUGGGAUUAUCAAAACAAGAACUGUGUGCAAACAUUGGAAGGUCAUAGUCAAAAUGUCAACUUUGCUGCAUUCCAUCCUGAAUUACCUAUUAUCCUUUCUGGUUCUGAAGAUGGUACUGUUCGAGUCUGGCAUUCUGAUACUUAUCGAUUAGAAAACACCCUCAACUAUGGGUUGGAACGUGCUUGGUGUAUGGCUUAUCAAAAAGGUGGAAACAAUGUUGCUUUUGGUUUUGAUGAAGGUUCUGUAGUGAUUAAAUUGGGUCGUGAUGAACCUGCUGUUUCCAUGGAUACAUCUGGAAAGAUCAUUUGGGCCAAACAUUCUGAAAUUCAAACUGCCAAUGUCAAGACUGGUGUUGAUGAUAAUAUCAAGGAUGGUGAACGUCUUGCUUUACCAAUCAAGGAUUUGGGUAGCUGUGAAGUAUAUCCUCAAACAUUACAACAUUCUCCCAAUGGACGUUUUGUAGUGGUAUGUGGUGAUGGUGAAUACAUUAUUUAUACUGCAUUGGCCUGGAGAAACAAGAGCUUUGGUAGUGGUCUUGGUUUUGUUUGGGCAGAUGAUUCAAAUGUAUAUGCUGUACAUGAAUCCUCUUCUCGUGUCAAGAUUUUCAAGAAUUUCAAGGAACGCUCUGGUCUCUUGCCAAAACUCAAUUACAGUGCUGAAGGCAUUUAUGGUGGUGCUUUAUUGGGUGUGAAGGGAAAUGGUUUUCUGAACUUUUAUGAUUGGGAAACAGGUGCGGUUGUUCGUCGUAUUGAUGUAGAUGCUAAGGAGGUGUUCUGGUCUGAUGCUGGUGAUUUGGUAGCCAUUGCUUGUGAAGAAUCCUUCUAUAUCUUGCGUUACAAUGCUCAAGCUUACAACAACUUUAUUGAAUCUGGUGGUGAUGUUGGUGAAGAAGGUGUAGAAGAUGCUUUUGAAUUCAUCACAGAAAUUGCCGAAACAGUAAAAACUGGAUCCUGGGCUGGUGAUUGUUUUAUUUACAGCAAUGGCGCAAAUAGAUUGAAUUAUCUCGUGGGAGAUGAAAUCUUUACUAUUAGUCAUUUUGACAAACCAAUGUAUCUUCUGGGUUAUGCUCCUCGUGAUAAUCGUGUAUAUCUUGCUGAUCGUGAUGUAGGUGUCUAUAGUUAUGUUCUUUCUCUAGCAGUCAUUCAGUACCAAACGGCUGUUUUACGUGGAGAUGUAGAAGCAGCGAACGAACUUUUACCACAAAUCCCUCAAAAUCAACGUGGACGUAUUGCCCGAUUCCUGGAAACACAAGAUAUGAAGGAACUUGCAUUAGAUGUGUCAACUGAUUUAGAACAACGAUUCGAUUUAGCAGUUCAAUUGGGACGAUUGGAAACAGCUGUGGAUAUUGCACGACAAGUAAACAAUGAAUCUAAAUGGCGUACCUUGGGAGAUGUAGCCUUACAAGCUUGGAAUUUCUCUUUGGCUGAAGAAUGUUUACAAAAUGCAAAAGAUCUUAGUGGACUCUUACUCUUUUAUACAGCAAAUGGUAAUCAAACUGGUCUUCGUCAAGUAGCAGAACAAGCAGUGGAACAAGGAAAAAACAACAUUGCAUUCUCAGCAUUAUAUGAACUUGGUGAUUUAAAUCAAUUGAUUGAUUUAUUGAUCAAGACUGAUCGUAUUCCUGAAGCCGCCGUAUUUGCACGAACGUAUUGUCCUGAACAAAUGUCCAAGAUUGUCAAGUUAUGGAAAUCCAAUUUGGAAGAUCAAAAUAGGAAAAAGGUGGCUGAAAGUUUAGCUGAUCCUGCUGAUUAUGCAAACCUAUUCCCUGAUAUUCAACAAAAAGAAGAAGAAAAGUUGAAUAGCACUCCAAAUGGAAUCGACCUAGUUGAAGUGGAUGAAAAUUAAACUAUUGAUUUUUUUUUUAUUAUUGAGUGAUCGAAUUAUACAUUUUAUACAUCAAAAAACAAACAAUAAAACAUUGAUCCAUCUUUUUCUUUCUUUUGUUUCCCCUUUUUAUUUCUCGUACCGAUAGCUCCCCCUUCUUUUUUUUUUUUUUU